UUCGAGCUCGUACCUGCCGACCUUUUUGCCGGCGAACACAAGCAGCUUCCUUUCCUAGCUAAGAAUACCUUUGGUCAGAUUCCAGUGCUGGAAGAUGGUGAUCUGAGUCUUUUCGCUAGGCUGGCAAUCUGUGCAUAUGUGACCGAAAAGUUCAAGGAAGCCGGCAACGAUCUCAUCCGGCACCAAAGCCUUAAAGAGGCCGCCGAAGCGAAAAUGUGGAUGGAGGUUGAAUCCCAGAAAUACCACCCCGCGAUUUCCCCGAUCAUCUUCGAGUUGUUCGCGGCACCACUGCAGGGAAAGUCCCCGGAUCAAGGAAUCAUCGAUGACAACAUGGAGAAGCUAGGCAAAGUAGUAUCCGUAUAUGAAGAUAAACUUAGCCGCACCAAGUACCUCGCCGGUGAUUUCUACCGCUUGGCCGAUUUGUUCCACUUGUCUUUCACUUACUAUUUCAUGAAAACUCCAUGCGCUAAUCUCAUAAAUGAGCGUCCACACGUUAAAGCUUGGUGGGAAGAUAUUUCUUCAAGGCCCGCUUUCCAGAAGGUGGCUUCGGAUAUGAAUUAUAAUUUUUCUUAA